AGGGUUUAUCUAGGGCUCCGAUUCUCCAUUCCGCCGUCGCCAUGGCGAAGCCUACACGAGGCCGCCGCGCACCCUCCGUCUCCGAUUCUGGAUCUGGCUCGUCCUCCAGGUCUCCUUCCAAGUCCCGUUCCUACACUGGCUCAGAUUCGCGUUCCAGCUCUCGUUCCAGGUCUAUAUCUCCUUCUAGUUCUCGCUCGAGAUCAAGAUCAUUUUCCUCUUCCUCUCCAUCCCACAGUGGCAGCUCUAGGAGCCGCAGUCCUCCUCAGCGUCGAAGCCCCACCAAAGUAGCUAAGCGAGGUCGGUCACCCCCACCACAAUCUAAGAAAACAUCUCCGCCUACAAGGAAAGUUUCUCCUAUUCACGAGUCUCUCGUUCUUUAUGUUGACUCACUCAGCAGGAAUGUCAAUGAAGGCCAUCUAAAAGAAAUAUUCAGUAAUUUUGGAGAAGUGGUACAUGUGGAGCUGGCAAUGGACCGUGUACUUAAUCUUCCUAGAGGAUAUGGAUAUGUGGAGUUCAAGACAAGGGCAGAUGCUGAAAAGGCCUUACUGUACAUGGAUGGUGCCCAAAUAGAUGGCAAUGUUGUACAGGCAAAGUUUACAUUGACUCGUACACAGAGGGUUUCUUCACCCCCAAAGCGAGUUGCUUCUGCUCCAAAGAAAGAUACUUUAAAGGCUGACAAUGCCAGUGCUGAUGUUGACAAGGAUGGGCCAAAGCGGCCAAGGGAAUCCUCUCCUCCUCGGAAACCCCAGCCAUCGCCACAAAGGAGAUCCCCAGCAGCUCGACGAGGUGGGUCUCCUAGACGACAGUUGGAUUCUCCUCCUCGUCGACGUGCAGACUCUCCUGUUCGUCACCGAGUUGGAUCACCUUAUCGCCGUGGUGAGACAGCUCCUAGGCGCCGACCAGCAUCUCCUACCAGAGGUCGUUCACCAUCCUCUCCACCAAGGCGGCUUAGAUCUCCUCCAAGAGCCUCUCCUAGAAGGAAUCGUGGUAGUCCCAUUCGACGACGUUCUCCUCUUCCUCCAAGACGCCGUUCACCUCCUAGGCGAGCCCGUAGUCCCCUCAGAAGGUCUCCAAUUCGUAGACGCAGCCGCUCUCCAAUUCGUAGGCCUGCUCGCUCUCGUUCAAGAUCAAUAUCACCACGGAGAGUUGGUCGUCCAGCAGCUGCUAGACGUGGGAGGUCAUCAUCAUAUUCUAGGUCCCCUAGUCCACGCAAGGCACCUGGAAAGGUAUCAAAGAGUCGCAGUCCUAGAAGGCCAAUGAGAGGAAGAAGCAGCAGCAACAGCAGCAGUAGUAGUUCACCACCACCACCUCGUAAGGCAUAGGCUACCUUUCCCAGUGAUUUACUUCUCACUCCCCGUAGUUUGGCAUGUCAGUUGUGAGAUAUGCAAUGGCAGAACUUGUAUUAACUGUUCUGAAAUGUCUAAUGGUGGUGACACUGCAUAUUUGGAUACUGGUACACUGCAUUACUGAACUGUAUCUCUUGUAGUUGAAUAGUAGCUUUCUUCAUGAUUCUAUCAUGUCCUGUUUUUGAUUACCACUUUUCUUUAGACCAGCAAGCAAUGUGCAGGAUUGCCAGGUUCUGUCCUCGGAAAUGGAGACAUUGACAAGGGACGAUAUUAUAGUAACCAGUCCAAUGAGACAUUCCUUUGUUUUCUUCUGCUUCACUUUUCUUGAACAAUUACAAUUGUUAAGGGAUGGGUAGGGCUGUUCAUUUGAA